GCAACAAGUUAAAAUGCUUGUCGCCUCAACGUGGAUGCGACCACCGCCGUAGCAACCAUCCACAAAUCAAAUCAAAUCAAAGUUAACCCCACCACUCAACGGGAGGCGACGUCACCGACUACUACCCCACCAUCAACAGUAAAGAGAAGCUCCAAGAGCUCGACGUUGAUAACAACCUAUCCCCUGAAGGUUGAAUAGAAGAAAAUUGCCACUUAGUGGCUUGACGACAAUAGAUUUGGGGCUCUUCAAUUACAUCAAAUCCACAUUCUAGUUUACUUUCUUCACAAACCAUUGAGCGUGUCACUCAAGCCAAAUCAUACACCAUGGAAGUCAAGACAGUCGAGUUCAAGUCCUUCACGGACCAGAAGCCCGGAACCUCGGGUCUUCGCAAGAAGGUCACAGUGUUCCAGCAGCCUCACUACAGCGAGUCCUUUGUGACUAGCAUUCUCCUUUCCAUCCCCGAAGGAGCCGAAGGCGCCUUUUUGGUCAUUGGCGGUGACGGUCGCUUCUACAACCCGGAAGUCAUCCAGCUCAUUGCCAAGAUCGGACUUGCAUAUGGUGUCAAGAAGCUCUUGAUCGGCCAGAACGGCAUCCUUUCCACACCUGCUGCCAGCCAUGUCAUUCGCAAGAGGAAGGCCACUGGUGGUAUCCUGCUGACAGCUAGCCACAACCCCGGUGGUCCCAAGAAUGACUUCGGAAUCAAGUACAACCUUGCCAAUGGUGGCCCGGCCCCUGAGUCCGUCACCAACAAGAUUUUCGAGACUACCAAGUCUCUCACCUCGUACAAGAUUGCCUCCAUCCCGGACAUUGACAUCACCAACAUCGGAACCAAGACCUAUGAAGGUCUCGAGGUCGAGGUUGUCGACAGCACGGAAGACUACACAGCCAUGCUCAAGGACAUUUUCGACUUUGACCUGAUCAAGAAGUUCUUUGCGAGCAACAGCGACUUCAAGGUACUUUUUGACGGUCUCUCGGGUGUCACCGGUCCGUAUGGCAAGGCCAUUUUCCAGGAGGAGCUUGGACUGGGAGCCGACAGCACUCAGAACUGCGAGCCUAGCCCUGACUUCAACGGUGGCCACCCCGACCCUAACUUGGUGUACGCCAAGUCGCUUGUCGACGUGGUCGAGGAGAAGAAGAUUCCCUUUGGUGCAGCUUCGGACGGUGACGGUGACCGCAACAUGAUUUACGGCGCGGGCGCCUUCGUCUCACCGGGCGACAGCUUGGCCAUCAUCGCACACCACGCAAAGCUGAUCCCCUACUUCAAGAAGAACGGCGUCUUUGGCCUGGCACGCAGCAUGCCGACCAGCGGCGCUGUCGACCUUGUCGCCAAGAAGCAGGGUCUCAACUGCUACGAGGUGCCGACUGGCUGGAAGUUCUUCUGCGCCCUCUUUGACGCCGACAAGCUUUCCAUCUGCGGUGAGGAGUCUUUCGGUACUGGAAGCAACCACAUCCGCGAGAAGGACGGUCUCUGGGCCAUUGUGGCCUGGCUUAACAUCAUUGCCGGUCUCGGUGUCGAGCACCCUGAUGUCACCCCCAGCAUCAAGCAGAUUCAGCUCGACUUUUGGAAGGAGUACGGCCGUACAUUCUUCACGCGCUACGACUACGAGGAUGUCGACUCGGAGGGUGCAAACAAGCUCGUGAAGACGCUGCAGGAGAAGAUGGCGGAUUCGAGCUUUGUCGGCAGCAAGAUUGGAGACCGUACUGUCACGGAGGCCGGCGACUUUUCAUACACGGACCUGGAUGGCUCCGUUUCCAAGAACCAGGGCCUGUACGUGCGCUUCUCGUCGGGUAGCCGCAUUGUUGUCAGGCUGUCGGGUACAGGCUCCAGCGGUGCGACUAUCCGGCUGUACAUUGAGCAGUACAGCGACGACUCUUCGACGUAUGAGAAGGACGCGCAGGACUUCCUUGGUCCCGAGAUCAAGUUUGCGACUGAACUUCUCAAGUUCAAGGAGUUUGUUGGCCGGGACGAGCCGGAUGUCAAGACCUAAGUUAUCACUGAGAUAGUUUAAUAUAUGGCACUUGUGUGACUAGGGAUGGCCAAGGUUCAGACCGACUUCAGGGGGUUGUGUUUUGUUGUAAAAGUGUCAAUGAGGCCCAUGUGACGAUGUACGGACGAACUAUUCGAAUAAUUCUAGCAGUGGAG